AUGGAGGGUGCGGAAAGUGGCAGUAGGUCGAGUGGGAUCCUCUCCAUCAUGAACCGUGAACAUAUGGAGCGUAUAAAUACCGACACGAGAUAUAUACAAUCAAAUCCAAUGGCUGCACCACCGAUUGCCAGUCCUGCGUCCGCUCACUACCCAAAUGGUGCACCAUACUCCGCAGGAUGGCCCAGUACUCCGCAUAGCGGCUUGAUGUCUCCUCCAGAAUCGCGGAGGACGUCAAAUGACAAAGCGCACCCGCAUCCACUGCAGACCAACACCCAUCGACAAUCAUUGCCAUCGAUACAGGAAGCUCUCAGCAGCACUUCUACCAAGCCCGGUCCUUAUGCUUCACCUGUAUCCGCCUCUGCACCGCCAUCGCAUCCGCAGAGUUCCUAUGCACAAUCGCAAGUGCUGCCACCACCACGAACACAUGAGCAGGGCGGAGGAUUUCAGUCAUCUCAAUCGCGGCAACCUUCUCCUCCGAUGCCUAUUCAACCACCACCUUUCUCACGCCCUGAUUUAGAUUCAAGGAGCUUCGCGGAGCCCAGGAGGCCAUCAUUGUUACAUCCUUCGAUUCCACCACCUCCACAUGCAAAUUCAUACGCGCCGCCUAGAUAUGAGGCUCCUAGGUAUGAACAGGAGCCAAGAGCUAGUGAAAGAUUUGCUGAGAGGUCAAUGAAUGACUAUGGCCCACCAUCUUCUUUACACACUCAACAUCCAUAUGCAAACGCUCCAGCGCAACCGGUCCACCCUUCUCAUCCUCCACCUCAUGGGCAAGGUUACCCUCACCCACCUUAUCCACCACGGGAUGAAAGAGAUUUAGGUGUUGCCGGAUUUAAGAAUUAUAAGACUCAACCCGAGCCAUUCAAUCAGGGCUUAAAGCGACAGCUUGAGGUGUGGGAUGUUGAUAAUAAUUUAGCUCAAAUCAACGUUUCUAGCUCUGUUUUACAGGAUUGGUCACGUCAUUUCCACGCAAUAAGUCAAGAACAACCACGCUCUCACAUUGCAAUCCCGGAAAGAUCACCCGACCGCAAGGCCAUUGAAGAUAUGUUGGUUCACGGUAACCGAGUUGUAUCUUGCCUUCACCGCAUGUUGGAUACUGCUGUACAGCAGCAGCAUGCAGCCGAUGAGCAAUCUCGCGGUGCCAGAUUAGCUACUGAUUACGAUGAUGAGAGCAUCUAUGGCGAUGAUAGACACCAUCAAAAUUUUGGUGGACCAGAUAACAAAAAACGUCGAGGACGCGCUGCUCCACCAGGCAGAUGUCACAGCUGUAACAGAGCGGAGACUCCCGAAUGGAGACGGGGGCCAGAUGGAGCCCGUACGCUUUGCAACGCAUGUGGGUUACAUUAUGCGAAACUUACCCGCAAAAACACGAUGAAGCAGUCACAAGGUUCAACUGGAUCAUCACUUCGACCCAAAUCUUCGGAGGAUCAUUCACCACGGUCAUAA